UUAUUUUUCAGGACUUGUUACCAGCUUCGACUCGCACCUGCGCGGUCCUGCUUUCGUGAUGGAACCUCCUGCCCGUCUGGAGUUCUCCAACUCUUCAGGCGGCUGGUUGGACUGCUCUGCCUCCGGCAGUCCGCAGCCUUCCAUAGACUGGCUCUCCGUGGACGGCACCUCGGUGGGCGACGUGAUGGGCAUACGCAGGGUGCUGCGCAAUGGGACGCUGUUCCUGCAACCGUUCGCGGCCGCUGCGUACAGGCAGGACAUACACAGCACGGUGUACAGGUGUGUGGCCUCGAACAAUGUCGGCAGGAUUAUCAGCAGGGACGUGCAAGUUAGAGCAGUUGUUACGCAGGCUUUCAAAGUCGACAUCGAGGUGAUAGGAGCGGCGAGGGGCUGCACUGCGGUAUUGAAAUGCAUUGUGCCGUCCUUCGUCAAGGACCUCGUCAGGAUUAUAUCCUGGGUGCAGGAGCCCAACUUUUUCAUUUAUCCAUCGCUUCAAGGAGACGGUAAAUUUCAUCAACUACCGUCCGGAGAACUGCUUAUUCACAACUUGGAAUUCAGCGACCAGUUCCCGACGUACCGUUGCAGGACGAUGCAUCGUCUCAGCAGGCAAGUCGUAGUCAGCAGUCCUGCCAACGUAAGGAUAACCGAACAUCGAGGAAUUGUUUCACCUGUCAUAGUGGAAAACUCAGGGACGGUCACUGUGGCCCAGGACGAAGGAGCGGCCCUGAUUUGUAUAGCUCAGGGCUGUCCAGCUCCAGAAUACAGGUGGUACACCCAUGCUGGUAUGGAACCAUCUUUGAUAAUGCCAGGACCAAGGGUUCGACAAUUGGGUCCCGUUUUGGCUAUUGAAGCUGUAACAUCUGAAGAUGGUGGCACUUACCGCUGCGCCACCUCCAACGCGGGCGGCGAGUCCAGCGCCGACCUGCGCCUCGUGGUCUCCACCGCCCUGCACGUGGAAAUAUCGCCGCCCACUCUGAGCGUUCACAUGGGCGGCAGCGCCGAGUUCCGGUGCGUGGUGAGCGCCCCGGGCGGCGGUCCGCAUCUGGUCACGUGGUACAAGGACGGGCGGCAGCUGCCGAGCACCGGACGGGGCAGCAGCGAGACGCUGAUCGUCAGUAACGUGGGCAGAGAGGACAGGGGAAUGUAUCAGUGCGUGGUGAGGAGGGCGGAGGGCGAUACCGCCCAGGCGGCCGCGGAGUUACAGCUUGGAGCAUAUGGCGGCCAGGACCGGAGCUCUCGACUCCUCUGCUCUCCUAAUGAAGAUAAGUUCGUGAUUGGCCAGUACGUCACAGUGCAUGGUGACGUCAUAAGUCACGUGAAUAUAAGUCACGUGAUGGUUGAAGAUGGUGGUGAAUAUACUUGCAAUGCGGAGAAUAGGGCUGGAAAAAGUUCUCAUUCUGCCAGAUUAAAUAUUUAUGGUAACCUUCAAUUGAAGUGUCCAGUGGCUGGUUAUCCGAUCGAGGAAAUUCACUGGGAACGCGGUGGCAGGGAACUUCCGGACGACCUUAGGCAAAAAGUUCUUGUGGACGGCACUUUGGUGAUUUCUCCGGUGGAAAAGAAGGCGGACUCCGGAGUGUACACUUGUUGGGCGCGAAACAAGCAGGGCCACAGCGCGAGAAGAAGCGGCGAAGUCAGCGUGAUAGUGCCGCCAAAAGUAAGUCCUUUUUACGCCGAGGAUACCCUGCACGUGGGCGACCGCGCCAGCUUGACCUGCUCGGUAACGAAAGGAGACUUACCUUUGACCAUAAGCUGGCACAAAGACGGAAGAACCGUCGAGCCGGCCCAGCUGAUGUCCAUAACGCAGGUCGACCAGUUCACAAGCAUACUGGUGAUAGAGAGCCUGAGCCCCGACCACAACGGAAAUUAUUCUUGCGUUGUGAGGAACCUGGCUGCCGAGGUCUCCCACACGCAGCAACUGGUGGUCAAUGGUAAUAACAAAGUGCCGUGUCGCUUGACUCUAGUUCCUCCCAUAAUUGAGCCCUUUUCCUUCCAAGACGGGCUGUCGGAGGGCAUGCGCACGCGCACCGUGUGCGGCGUAAGCGCCGGCGACCCGCCGCUGGCGGUCAGCUGGUUAAAGGACGGGCAACCUUUGACCCCCGCGCUGGGGGUCAACGUGUCCGCCCUUGACCCCUAUUCCAGUCUCCUCAGCAUUUCGGCGCUAGACUCGCGUCACUCGGGAGACUUCACCUGCGUGGCCAGCAAUCCCGCCUCAGAGGUCAGAUACACAGCCAAACUGCAGUGCCACCCCCGUUGGUUGGUUGAACCUAGCGAUGUUAGUGUGGAACGUAACCGCCACGUGGCGCUGCAUUGCCAGGCGCAGGGGGUUCCCACGCCUACUGUCGUUUGGAAGAAAGCCACAGCAAGUAAAUCGGGGGAUUACGAGGAAGUAAGAGAUCACAUGUACACGAAAUUGUUGGGAAAUGGCACGCUAUUACUUCAGCAUGUUAAAGAGGAUAGGGAGGGAUAUUAUCUGUGUCAGGCCGACAACGGGAUAGGGACUGGAAUAGGGAAAGUUGUACAACUCAGGGUCAACUCUUCGCCAUACUUUUCUGCUCAGUCUCGUUUGGUGACGGUUAAAAAAGGGGAUACAGCGCUUUUACAUUGCGAUGUAAACGGGGAUAAACCUAUAAGCGUUACAUGCAACCUGUAUGGCAACGAGCAGCAGCUGGUUCAGCUUCAAGUGCAGGAACCACCAGGCCCGCCGCAAAAUGUUGAAGCCGCCCUUGUCAGCAGUAGAUCGGUCAACUUGAAAUGGCAACACAAAUCCGGGGAUUCCACCGAAGUUUUCAAAUUUAUUGUGGAGUACAGAGAACUGGACAGAACAUGGCACCAGAUAGAGUUAACUGACAACCCUCUGCCGUAUGCAGCUUUAAUCGACGAUCUGAAACCAGCAACGAAAUACACGUUCCACGUUCUGGCCGAAGGACCGGCCGGUCGUAGCGCGCCAAGCGACGAUCUCGCCGUCAGGACUGAACCCCAGAGACCUGCAGGACCACCUUUGAACCCAUCCGUGAGACCCGUGUCUUCCACUGAGUUCUUGGUCACAUGGAAUCCUCCUCUGUCCGAACUGAGACAUGGGGAUAUACAGGGUUUUAACGUGGGUUAUCGCACGGUUAAUAUGAACAACUACAACUUCACCUCUAUCACUGGAGAUGGCGAGGAUGGUGGUGAACUUCUUUUAGGGGGUUUAGCAAAGUUUACGAGGUACACCAUAGUGGUUCAAGCUUAUAACGAAGUGGGGGCUGGUCCCUUAUCUGAACCUAUAACUUCACAAACUAUGGAGGACGUACCCAGUAUGUCCCCUGAAGAUGUUAGAUGUGCAUCUUUAACCUCUCAAUCCUUGCAAGUUAGCUGGCAACCACCACCCACAGAACAUUGUAAUGGUCUUCUCCAGGGUUACAAGUUAACGUAUGAACCUGUGCUUGAUGACAGUUGGAGAGGUAACGAUGAAAUGGAGACUAGAAAAACUACAGCACUAACAACAGUGAUAACUGGUUUAAGAAAGUACACAAACUACAGCCUACAAGUCCUAGCUUUCACUAAAAUAGGCGAUGGGGUGUUAACUCAACCAUCAUACUGCCAAACAGAGGAAGACGUACCUGGACCUCCCGCUGACAUAAAAGUCGUAGUGAGCUCGCCACAAUCCCUACGAAUAUCUUGGUUAGCUCCAGUCGAACCGAACGGCGUCAUCACCAAGUUCACGCUUUACAAAAGAAGCAUGGAUGGAAGAAAAGAAGUCGAUCACGCCAAACAAACCGUAUCGAGUCAACACAACAAUUUUGAGGUUAAAGGAGUGCAGUCCCAUAUAGAGUACCAAUUUUGGGUCACAGCUUCGACUAGGAUUGGCGAAGGGCAAAGUUCCAGAGUUGUGACACAAGUAGCAACACCAAGAGUUCCUGCAAGAAUAGUGUCUUUCGGUGGCUCAGUGGUACGUCCUUGGCGAUCUUCGGUAGCCUUCAGCUGCGAAUCUGUCGGAUCUCCCAGGAGAGAGUGGUUAAGGGGCGAACAGAUUCUUAAGGGGGGUGCAAGUCACAACCAGCAACUGUUAGACACGGGGGAAUUGAUUUUAUCCAACUUGCAACUGGCCGAUUCCGGGAAUUAUACUUGUCAAGUUGACAAUGGACAAGGUUCAGACAGGGUUACCUAUAACCUUGUAGUUCAAGUACCACCCUCAGCUCCCUUAUUGUAUGUUACCAGUGCUACCAGUAGUAGUGUUUUGUUACAUUGGAAGGCUGGGAAUAAUGGUGGAGCUCCAGUUAGUGGUUUUACCUUAAAUUACAGAAAAGAACAUGGGGAUUUGGAUGAAGUGCACUUAUCCAGACAUGCAACUAGCUACGAAUUAAAGACUUUGUCUUGCGGAACAACAUAUCACCUAUACUUGACUGCCCAUAAUAAAAUAGGUAGUUCCCCGGCUAGUUUACCCUUGCAGGCCCGUACUCAGGGACAUCCUCCAGGGGUACCUCCAGCCCCAACUUUUAUAACCCCCAAUUCCACUUCAGUAACCCUAAGACUUCAUGUAUGGCCUGAUAAUGGCUGCCCCAUUCUUUAUUUUAUAUUGCAGUACAGAAAAGCCUCAGAGUCGCAAUGGACCCUUGUGUCAAACGCUUUAAAACCACAACGCAAAACAUCGAUUACUGGUUUAACUUCAGCUACGCAAUACGUGGUAAAACUUGAAGCUCACAAUGUGGCUGGUUAUUCCAAUGAAGAGUUUGCUUUCAUGACUCUCACUAAAGACGGAGAUAUCCCACCCCCCGAUUUGAUGACGCUAGGAAACGAUACAAAUCCAUUUUACUCUGAUAUAAAGUUUAUGGCACCUAUAAUCGUUGUAGUUCUAGCAAUAAUCGUUUCUGUAUCCGGGGCUUUACUCUGUAUGAAACGACGCCAAAAUGAUGCUGCCAAAGAACAACUAGAUAAUCUACAGAACGCCGAGGCUCAACGCGAACGAUAUUACGCCACGAUCCACAAGGUGGCGCUGCAAGCUGGAGAAAAAAUACCAGAAACUUCCGAAGACAUAUCGCCGUACGCGACGUUCCAGCUAUCGGAACCGUCGACUCUAGCGCAAAAUACCAUGCUGCACAGUUUCAUGUACCAUGAGCACCCCAUGACGGAGGGAUGCGCGUCCCCCCCGCCCCAAACCUCGUCUGUUCAACGAAACUCACCCUACUACAAUAUCCAAAAAUUUCAAAGUACAAAAGGCCACCGAGGUCGCCGAACGAACAACCGAAAGACUGACGUCGACAGCGACGAUAGCGAAUCUGACCAGGACCAGCUCACAUCGAGCCGGACCGAGUCUUCCAACCAGAUCGACAUCAAACUCAAACACAAUUUUAUAUAUCACGGAGCUCAAUCAAGCACCUCAUCGGACAUAUCGCCAAUGUCGGAGCAAAAAUCUUUGCCGCGUAGGAACCGCUCCAGGUGGUUGGCCCAGGGACGCAGCAACUCGCAGCGCGCAAUGUUGCCGCACUUAUCGGUCGCCGAAACGGCCUUUGGUGAAGGUGGUCAAACACCAGAGCGGCCCGAACUGAGCGAAGCUGAGUGCGACAUCGACACGCUCAAGAAGCUGAAGCUGGGCCUGAGAUCGACCCUGUGGUCGAGACCGAGCGGUUCUAACCAGCCGUCAGAUUAUUCGAUUGCUGUCUAAACGUUUCGAGAGGCUGUAGGUCUGUUCUCGGGAAGUUUACAGAUGGGUUUUUCUUGGUUUGCGAAGUAAAAUACACUCACAGGCAAAAUAAUCGAUCCACACAAAUUUUCGAUGAAUUUCGAUGGCAAAUAACUUUUUUAUUUGAUUUCGGAUUUAAACAAAUAUUAAAGAAUAUUGUAGAUACAUUAAUGGAGAAACGCUCACAUUUUAAAAAUUACUAAAAAAUACACGUACGUUUAUAAUAUACAGGUUUAAACAAAAAGAUGUUUUUUACCAUAAGUUUAAUACACUCUGUAGAGUGGCAAAACCGUAUAUUGUUCUAAAUUAAGUUUUAAUUAUCAAGUCACAUCUAUUUUUAACAGUUUUGUUUUUGGUUCACCUUAAUAUAAUUAUUUUUGUGGAAAAUAUGGAUUUUUUUUAAAAAUCCUUGCAAUUUCCAAUAUUUUUCCUGUAUGAAGAACUAAGGUUGCUAUGGUCCAUCCAUAGCCUAUGGAGGAUGACAGUGACAGUUUUGUUGAAUCAUCCCAUACUUGGACAUGUCAAAUACAGCUUUCAAAAGCUAUCAAAUUGUUUUUUGUAAAUUAAUGUGUUAAUUUUGAGGUGUCUUCUUACUUUUAAAAAUGUCUCCGACUGAUGUUGCCCUUUGUACUUUACUUCUUGUGACGUUUAAAACACUUGCCACGUAAUACUGUGACCGUCCAUCCUGGAUUAAAUUAAUGGCUUUGGCAACACCAUUUUUUAAAGUAAGAAGACACCUCAAAAUUUAAACAUUAAUUUGCAAAAAACAAUUUGAUAGCUUUUGAAAGCCGUGUAUGACAUGUCCAAGUAUGGGAUGAUUCAACAAAACUGUCACUGUCAUUCUUCAUAGCCUAUGGGUGGACCAUAGCAACCUUAAUUCUUCAUACAGAAAAAUAUUGGAAAUUGCAAUGUUUUCUAAAAAAAUACAUAUUUUCCACAAAAAUAAAUAUAUCGAGGUGAACCAAAAACAAAACUGUUAAGAAUAGAUAAAUAAAACUUAAUUUAGAACAAUAUACGGUUUUGCCACUCUACAGAGUGUCUUAAACUUAUGGUAAAAAACAUCUUUUUGUUUAAACCUGUAUAUUAUAAACGUACGUCAAUUUUUUAGUAAUUUUUUAAAAUGUGAGCGAUUGUCCAUUAAUUUAUCUACAAUAUUCUUUAAUAUUCGUUUAAAUCCGACAUCAAAUAAACAAGUUAUUUGCUAUUGAAAUUCAUCGAAAAUUUGUGUGGAUCGAUUAUUUUGCCUGUGAGUGUAUGUAAUUAAUUUUUUGCCAAAAUAUGUUCACUUUACCUAUCUUGCCUGUAAGUUUCUUCAUUUACUCGCUAGAUGGGUUGUCCUAAAGCGAGGGACCUUGCUGCUCAAAAAAAAAUUAUUUUUUGAGAUUGUUAUAAUAUACCAACAUGUUGUAACUUUAAGGAAGUUUUUGUUUUCAUAACACUAGAACAGAUUCAAAAGUACACUUUACAAUAAUCGUCUUAAAAAUUAGUGUUACCACAAUCUGAAAACUAAACCUUGCUUUGUGACAACAUGGACUUAUUUUAAGCCAAGGAGUUUUCUUUCAUUACUGCCUGUAUAAUUUUGAGCAAAAUUUUACCAAGAAAAUGUAUCUGUAAAUGGAAACGUGGCGGUUCUGCAUUGUUUCACAAAAUCAAAAUUAUAGUUAAAUAUUUUAUACAAUGACAAAAAUUGAUAAACUAGACUUAUUAAGUUUGUAUAUGUUUAUGGAGAAUUUUCGAACGAUUUUACAUAUUAUUUCGAAUAAAAAUAAAUCAAACUAGAUGGUAACGUUUCUUCCAAUAAAUAAAAUAAAAAUAAUAUGUCGGUGUAAACUACUACUACUACAAUCAAACAAAUCAACCAAAAAAAACUGAACCCUUUCUAUCCCCAACAAUAACUGUAAACUCUAUAAUGUAUAAUAGUUCGACUUAAAAAUAAAAUCUAUUGUAAACCAAA